AUGACUAAUCACAUAAAAUAUAAGCACAACGAGUUGAUGCCUCAAUUGGCAGGUUCUAUUAAAAGUAGUUCGAAUGAAGUCUAUUUGUCUUCACGUUCUCAAUCGCCACCUGAGCCCUUUUCACCGAUGCCAGUUCCAUCAACUUCAGCGAGAGGCGAAGUUUACAUACAAAAAACUAUUCAAGAUAGUGUAAUGGUCCAGUGGUCGCUUCAGGACUCCCGAUCAAGAGAAAUAAGUGUUGCUAUAGGAGGGAUGAUUGCCUUGAAAACUAAAACUGAAAUACGAUACGGAGUGCUCAGCGCUGCCGCGCUAUCCGUAACUACAGAUUUAUGGACAAAUACAAACAAUAAGGAAGGUUUUUUAAGCUUUACAGCACACUGGUUUGAUAACGAUAUGAAAUUUCGUCACGCGGUACUCCAGAUGAAACAUUUUCCUAUGUCUCACGAUGCACAUAAUAUAAAAGUGUGUCUCGAAGAAAUUCCUGCCUCAUGGAAUAUAAGUGCAGCCAAAAUACACGCUGUUGUGCGAGAUAAUGAGAGGAACAUUGCAAAGGCUAUCGAUGAAUCUAUUUUCAAAGUAGUUCCAUGUUUUAUUCAUACUAUGCAAUUAGCAAUCCUCGAAAAUUGA